GCUUUGCAGUGGCGAGAGCUUGUCAGAGGCCCUGGAAAGCAAUGACGAGUGCGGUGAAGAGGGCACCUGCGCCCUCAAUGCCCUGCAGCAUCGCCGGGGCAAAGACGAUCCUAUGAACGCCUCGGAUAUCCUGCCUCCGGGUUCACCAAAAUGGCUG